UUCAAAAGAGUAAAUAGUGUCCUGGUACCAUGAGAGACGACAAGCCCACACUAUCUCUGGUAGUGAUUGGCCAUGUGGAUGCUGGCAAGUCCACCACCAUUGGCCAUUUGAUUUAUAAAUGUGGAGGUAUUAGCGAAAAGCAAAUUGAACAGUACGAAAAGGAAGCAGCCGAACUCGGCAAGGGAUCUUUCAAAUAUGCCUGGGUAUUGGACAAUCUCAAGACAGAGCGAGAACGAGGGAUUACCAUUGACAUUUCCCAGUGGAAAGUGCAAACAAGCACCUACAAUUUUUCCAUUAUUGAUUGCCCAGGCCACCGGGACUUUAUCAAGAACAUGAUCACAGGAACCUCCAUGGCGGAUGUGGCCUUGCUAUUGGUGGAUGCCAGUGAAGAAGGCUAUCAAGCUGGAUUUCAUCAAGAUGGACAGACACGAGAACAUGCUCUCUUGGCAUACACACUGGGUGUCAAGCAAAUGAUUGUGGCUUGCAACAAAAUGGACGACAAGACAGUCAAUUACAGUGAAGAACGAUUUCAAAAGAUCAAGGAUGAAAUCUGCGUCUAUUUGAAAAAGGUAGGAUACAAACCCAUGGCAAUCCCAUUCAUACCCAUUUCGGGAUGGGAAGGCGAUAAUAUGGUCGAAAAAUCCAACAAUAUGCCAUGGUACCACGGUCCGACUCUGUUGGAAGCACUCAACAAUGUCACACCACCCAAACGAUCUAUUGAAAAACCACUCCGUAUACCCAUACAAGACGUUUACAAAAUUGGUGGCAUUGGAACUGUGCCUGUUGGAAGGGUGGAAACGGGAGUGGUACGGCCAGGGAUCAAAGCCAUGUUUGCACCAGUGGGUCUCACGGCCGAAAUCCAAUCCGUGGAAAUGCACCAUGAACAACUACCAGAAGCUUUCCCAGGUGACAACGUUGGUUUCAAUGUCAACAAAUUGGCAGUGCGAGACCUGCGACGAGGAUAUGUCGCUUCGGAUGCCAAUAAUCAACCUGCCAGUGCUGUCAAGUCAUUUGAGGCACAAGUGAUUGUCAUGAAUCACCCUGGCAAAAUCUACAAUGGCUACUGCCCUGUUGUGGACUGCCACACGGCCCAUGUUGCUUGCAAAUUUGUCCACAUUAAGGAAAAGAAUGACCGAAGGUCUGGCAAGGUCGUGGAAGCAGAUCCCGAAUACAUAGAAGCGGGUGACGCUGCCUUGGUGGUAAUGGAACCAAUUCGGCCAAUGUGUGUGGAAGCCUUCAGUGAUUUCCCUCCUUUGGGACGGUUUGCCAUUCGAGAUAUGCGACGAACCGUGGCCGUGGGAGUGAUCAAGAGUGUCACCAAAGAAGAACCACCCUCCAAGUUUUGA